AAUAUGAUCCAAUUAAAUUUAAACAAAUAUUAAAACAAAAUGAAUCUAAAUUAACUAGAUUUUUUGAUGAAUUAGUUGAAGGUCUUAUACCAAAAACAAGAAGUUUUUAUAAUCAAGAAGAAACAAAAAAAUCUAUUAUUUCAUUUUGUUAUCUUUUUGCUAGUUUAAGAAAUAAAUUUGCAAAUAGUUAUAAAUUAGAUAUUGGACUUCAUUUAGCUUCAGCAAGAACUUCAUAUAGAGGUAUAGAUAUUUUAUCAAAUACAGGACUUACAGUUUCAUCUAAAACUGUAUUAAGAUAUAAACAACAAUUUGUUAAAGAUUAUUUUGAAAAAAUUUGUAAAUAUUUUAAUAAUAAUGUAAGUUAUUUUUAUUUAAUUUUUUAA